AUGGACCAUGUCAGUACCUCCAUACCUCUAUUCACUGGGGUUUCAUGCCAUUCUAUAGAGUACACCCUGAUCAACGAAAACUGUCCAGGUGCUGAAUGGAAUAUCAUGUGUCGGGAGUGCUGUGAAUAUGAUCAGAUCAAAUGUGUGUGUCCUGGACAGAAAGAAGUAGUGGGAUAUACUAUUCCUUGUUGUAGGAAUGAGGACAAUGAGUGUGACUCCUGCCUAAUUCACCCAGGUUGUAUGAUUUUUGAGAAUUGUAAGUCCUGUCGCAAUGGGUCUUGGGGAGGAUCACUAGACAACUUCUACAUCAAAGGCAUUUAUUGUGCAGAAUGCCGAGCAGGGUGGUAUGGAGGCGAUUGCAUGAGGUGUGGACAGGUUCUCAAAGCUUCCAAAGGUCAGAUUUUAUUGGAGAGCUAUCCACUGAAUGCCCAGUGCGAAUGGAUUAUACAUGCCAAACCUGGAUUUGUGGUUGAAUUAAGGUUUGCUAUGCUGAGUCUAGAAUUUGACUACAUGUGUCAGUACGAUUAUGUGGAAGUCCGUGAUGGGGACAGUGUGGACAGCAAGUUAAUUAAACGCUUUUGUGGCAAUGACAGGCCUCUCCCAAUACGAAGCACUGGCUCCUCCCUUCAUGUCCUUUUUCAUUCAGAUGGUUCCAAAAAUUUUGAUGGAUUUCAUGCCGUUUUUGAAGAAAUCACAGGUUGUUCUUCAUCUCCGUGUCUACAUGAUGGAACCUGCCUUGUUGAUAAAAUUGGUGAUUACAAAUGUGCCUGCUUGGCUGGCUAUACUGGAAAUCGCUGUGAAAGCUGGUCUGGUUUUUUACCCCCUCCUGAUCAAUUAAAUGUUGAUCUGUUUGUUGUAACAGGAAUUUGCCAGCUAGCUUUCAUAGGGUACAAAAACAAAUUGGAAGCUCUUGAUGAAAGCCUAAUGCAGAAGUUGAUAGUCACUGUAGCAUUCAAUUUCAUCUUCAUGGAAAAAAUGCACAAAUCUACCAUACUGAGGGUGAAAGCUAACAUUCUGAAGGUGAAUUCUAAGAGCGGGCAAAUUGAGAGUGAAGACCAGCAUUCUAAA